GAUCAAGCUGAAAGCACCAAAGGCGACCAAUGUCUCGUUGCAAUCGAACUUCGUGGACAACCUUCGCCACUUCCGAUCGCAGAACAAGCUGAAGAAGGCAGCGCUCCAUAUCAUUGCUGGACAGCUGAACGAGGACCAGAUCAAGCAGCUGCGAGACGUCUUUAUGAUGAUUGAUGGCAACGGAGAUGGCUUUCUCACGGUCAAUGAACUGAAGGAAGGCCUUGCCAAGGCCGGUCUCAAAGACAUUCCCCCUGACCUGUUGCAGAUCAUGCAGGAGGUGGAUUCCGACGGCAGUGGAAAUAUCGAUUACACGGAGUUCCUUGCGGCGACCUUGGACAAGAGGACAGCCACGGCGACGAGCCGCCGAAACGAUGAACGGAGUGGCGGGCGUCCAUGGAUUUGGGGUGAAGCCACCUUGCCGGAAACGAUGGAGUGGUGUUUGCUGUACUUGAUUGUGGUUGUUCUGUGGUGCAUGGUGUUACUAGGCAAAUCCUGCAAUCCAAAUGCUGUACUGGAAUAG